UAUCUUUUGUUACCUCAUUGAAAAGCCUGUGAAAGGUUUUUUUUUAAAGAGGAAAUCAAACGGUUUAAAACAAUUGAAGGCCGAUUGAUGUCUAGAGCUUUUAUUACAAAAGUGAAAGGUUUCUACAGAAGUUACAGCACCAUGUCUGAAAAGUCCGCAGUUAUCUUCUUAGCUCCAGGUUCCGAAGAGAUGGAACUCGUCAUUUCAGCGGAUGUACUGAGAAGAGCCGGGGUGAAAGUGACUAUCGCAGGAUUGACGGGUCUGGAGCCGACAAAGUGCAGCAGAGAUUUGAUGAUCGUGCCGGACAAAGCUGCAUCCGAUGCGAUCAGGGAUGGCCCGUACGAUGCUGUCAUUUUGCCCGGUGGGCUAGGAGGAUCAAAAUGCUUUGUUGCUUCCGCUGAAAUCGGCCAACUAUUGAAGGACCAGGAAUCAAGUGGCAGGCUCGUCGCCGCUAUUUGCGCAGCCCCGACCGCAUUGAAAGCUCAUGGAAUCGCAUUGGGCAAGUCUUUAACAUCCUACCCUAGUUUUAAGGAGGAGCUGUCCGAGUGCUACAAUUACCUCGAGGAUAGAGUCGUCGUUGAUGGCAACUUGAUAACAAGCAGGGGGCCAACAACUGCCUUUGAUUUUGCUAUGGCAAUUUCAAAUUAUCUUGUAGGAAAAGAAACAACCUCAAAAGUGGCCAAAGGACUACUUCUGGAGUAAAUCUUUUAAUUACAAAUAUAUCGUGAAUAAUAAAGAACUAUGUUCCUCACAAAAUUA